AGAUCGACAUUCAACAGCCCUUGGCAAAGAAAAGUACGAGCCUCAUCCACGUCAUUUGGGUUGGCAUGCAGCCAGCGAUGAUGCGCAGGGGCAAACAUCCUAUUUUAAACCCCGGCUCGAUGUAGCCAUAAAGUGUAGUUUCUUUCCCAUUUCUUUGUACUCAGGCCGAAUUGGUAUCCUACACAGCUAUCUAAUAUCUACUUUCUAAUCCAUCAAAAUGUGGGCAAAAGCUGUGUCUAUCGUCGCCUUGGCGACCACCGCCGUUGCGCAAACCAAGGGUUUCAACUACGGCGCCACCAACGCAGAUGGCUCAUGCCGUGGAUACAACGACUUUGUGCGCUUCUUCAAUGAGGCGAAGAGCCUACCUGGUGCUUCAGGCUUCAACACAGCACGCCUAUACACCUCAGUCCAAUGCGGCACCGCAGCCGACCCCAUAUCUGCCUUCCAAGCAGCCAUCGAUACCGACACACAGAUUCUCGUUGGUCUCUGGGCUAGUGCCGGACGUACCGCUUACGAGAAUGAACUCAACGCCUUGAUUCGAGGUGCCAGGGACCUCGGUAGCGCUUUCACCGACAAGGUCAUUGGUAUCAGCGUGGGAUCUGAAGAUUUGUACCGUAGCAGCCCGCAGGGUGUACAAAACAACGCUGGUGUUGGUGCAACUGGUACUGAGAUCGAGGGUUACAUUGGCUGGAUGCGCGAUUGGCUCCGCGGCACUUCGCUCGAAGGCAAGCCCAUCGGCCAUGUAGACACAUGGACUGCUUGGGUUCUUCCUGAGAACCGCGGUGUUGCGAACACUGUCGACUGGCUUGGCCACAACUCUUUCCCGUACUUCGAGACCACCAAGCCGAACUCUAUCGACCAGGCUCGCGAGAACUUCUUCGCCGCUGUAGGACAGACUGAGGGUGUGUCUGGUGGAAAGCCCGUGUGGGUCACCGAGACUGGAUGGCCACGAAUUGGCCCCAACUCUGGCGCUGCUGUUGCCUCUCUUGAGAACUCCAAGCGUUACUGGGACGAGGUUGGCUGCUCCCUCUUCGGCACUCGCAACACCUUCUGGUACACUCUGAAGGAUGCGAACGCUGCCCAAACCGACCUGUCAUUCGCUAUUACCCCGAAGGAGAACAACACCCCGUUUUUCGACCUGACUUGCUAGACUGUCAGGGCUAAUGGACGACGCUUACCAUACGAUGUAUGACAAAAGUACCGAAGCUUCUUGUAUAUAACCUAUAAUCAAACAAAAUGCCAGCCAGGUGUCGCGGUACCCUGGAUCCACAUCUCAAACCAGCAUUAAACUAUCCCCA